AUGAUGUAUUCAUUUUCUCUACGAGAAUCAGCGCUGGCUUUAGUGCAGCGCCUUGGAGAGCGAAUUGAAGACGUGCAUGGGCUCGGAUUCAUGAGCCCAGCUGUAUACGAUACGGCAUGGGUUUCCAUGGUUAGCAAGACAGAAAACGAUCAAAAGAUGUGGCUCUUUCCAGAAUGCUUCGAGUAUAUCCUCUUCCACCAGCUGGAGGAUGGUGGCUGGGCAACGUAUGCCUCUGAAAUAGACGGAAUUCUAAACACCGGAGCAUCAUUGCUGGCACUGAAAAAGCAUUUGGACAAUCCCUACCAGAUCAUAUCGGUCUCGCAACGGGAUCUUACAGACCGCAUUGAUCGAGCUCGAGUAUUUCUUGGAAACCUUCUGAACGGUUGGAACGUUGAAAGCACGCUCCACGUUGGAUUUGAAAUCUUGGUCCCAGCACUGUUAAGAUACCUUGAGGAAGAGGGCAUUACCUUCUCGUUUCCUGCACGGGAGCGCCUAUUGGAGAUCGAGAAGCAGAAAUUGUCCAAGUUCAAAGCCGAGCACCUCUAUCUUCCGAUAAAAUUAUCAGCGUUGCAUUCUCUCGAAGCAUUCAUAGGUGUCAUUGACUUUGAUAAAGUCGGACAUCACAAGGCUAAUGGUUCAUUCAUGGCAUCACCGUCUUCCACGGCUGCAUUUUUGAUGCAUGCAUUGCAAUGGGACGAUGAGUGCGAAAACUAUUUAAAAAAUGCCAUUUCAUCUUCAUCUGGACAAGGAUCAGGAGGUGUGCCAAGCGCGUUUCCCUCGACGAUCUUCGAAUGUACAUGGCCAUUGGCAACUCUACUCAAGGUGGGAUACGUAUUCAAUGCGGAAAUAGAACCUGCUGUUCAGAAGAUUCGAUCAUAUUUACACAACACAUUUACCGCCGAGAAGGGAGUAGUGGGAUUCACGCCAUUGGUCACAGCUGACGCCGAUGAUACUGCCACCACAGCGUUGGUACUCAAUCUGUUAAAUCAAUCAGUUUCCGUUGAAGCCAUGCUGAACGAGUUUGAAGAAGAUCACCAUUUCAAGACAUAUUCACAAGAGCGUAACCCUAGCUUUUCGGCAAAUUGUAACGUUCUUCUUGCUUUGCUCUAUACUCCGGAUCCAUCUGUUUAUACCUCUCAAAUUGAGAAAGCGACAGCAUUCUUGUACAAGAAAUUUACAGACUCUGACUUGGAUGUCCAGGAUAAAUGGCUUCUGUUGUCGUCAGAAAUCAGAAGCCUGAUGGUUCAUGGGGAGAACGAGCCCCAAAAGAAGAGACUGCAUCCUUCGUUACGUCAGGAAAUUGAGAAAGCAAUCAGUAGCGGCUGCUCAGUUCUCCUAGAUUCAACCGCAGAAUUUGCUUCUGGCUGGCUUUGGAUUGAGAAGGUCACGUAUAAAUCGGAAGUUUUGGCAGAAGCAUAUGUUCUGGCUGCCUUGAAACGAGCAGCAGAUCUGACUAGAGACAAUAUCUCUAAUCAUAAUGCUAACGGAGUGUAUAAAAUUGGAGUAAAUGAACAUUCAGCUUUGCCUAACCAUACACAUAGCGAUGUGGUUCAACACUCCUUGCAAACAAAUGGCAACGGCAGUCAUGACGAAGAACCAGUCAAGAAUGGCGGCAUCGAGAACGACAGCUCAACCAUAAUCCAUACAAACGGAACUGCAAAUGGUUAUUAUCAGCGUAGUGAAUGGACGGCUGAUCAAGAACAAAUCCUCUUAGGACCUUUCGAUUAUCUCGAGAGCCUACCGGGUAAAAACAUACGGUCUCAACUGAUCCAAGCCUUCAACAAAUGGCUUAAAGUCCCUGAGAAGAGCUUGACAGUUAUUGAAAACGUCAUAAGUAUGCUACAUACUGCCUCACUUCUGAUUGAUGACAUUCAAGACCAGUCGUUGCUUCGACGAGGACAGCCUGUGGCGCAUAGCAUAUUUGGCACAGCUCAGACAAUGAACUCCGGCAAUUACAUUUACUUCACAGCCCUUCGAGAAAUUCAGCAACUGAAUAAUCCACAGGCUAUCGAUAUCUAUGUCAACUCAUUGAUCGAUCUUCAUCGCGGUCAGGGAAUGGAACUAUUCUGGAGAGAUUCUCUCAUGUGUCCUACAGAAGAGGAAUAUCUCGAUAUGGUAGCGAACAAGACGGGUGGUCUGUUCUGCCUUGCUGUCCAGCUAAUGCAAGUUGAAACAACAGUUGAAGUGGACUUUGUACCUCUUGUCCGCCUGCUUGGAAUUAUAUUUCAGAUUUGCGAUGACUACCUGAAUUUACAAUCUACAGCAUAUACCGACAAUAAAGGAUUGUGUGAAGAUCUAACUGAAGGGAAAUUCUCUUUUCCUAUCAUCCACAGCAUACGAAAAAAUCCAGGGAAUAGACAGCUCAUUAACAUCUUGAAACAAAAACCACGUGAAGAUGACCUCAAACGCUAUGCUCUUUCCUAUAUGGAAGGGACAGAUUCUUUCAACUACACUCGUGGUGUUGUCAACAAAUUGAAAGAAGAAGCAUUUAACAUGAUUCAUUGCCUUGAGAAACAGGACCUGGAGGAGAACAUGGCGAUCCGAAAGCUACUUGCUCGAAUAUCUCUUGAGCUGUGA